CGUUUGAUAAACUCAUCUUACAGUUCAGGAGUAGAUUUUCUUACCCUGAGAAGGAAAAAAUCUCUAGGGUUCUGCUAGUUGACCUGACGAGUGAAGAAGAAGCGGAGAACGAGGCAAGCGAUGCAUUCAUUCGGGCAGCGCGCGAACGCGAUCGUGACUUUCUCUUUGACGAUUGUUGCGGUGAUUUGUUCCCUCGCCUCUUUCUCAGAUAAUUUCAACACUCCCUCUCCAACCGCCGAGAUUGAGGUUUCAAAUUUUAAUUGGUUUCAAAAGCAGCGAAAUGGAAAUGAUGAGGUUAGCUUGACGUUGAACAUAUCAGCAGAUCUGCAAUCUUUGUUCACUUGGAACACCAAACAGGUGUUCGUUUUUUUAGCUGCCGAAUAUGAAACCUCCGAAAAUGCCCUGAACCAGAUCUCGCUUUGGGAUGCAAUAAUCCCCACAAAAGAACAUGCAAAGUUCUGGAUUCACACUUCCAACAAAUAUCGUUUUAUUGACCAGGGGAGCAAUCUAAGGGGAAAAGAGUACAAUCUGACGCUGCAUUGGCAUGUGAUGCCUAAGACGGGCAAAAUGUUUGCUGAUAAAAUAGUCAAGACUGGUUAUCGUCUUCCUGAAGAAUACAGAUAGAUUAUACAGGGUUUCUACGUCUUCUAGAUUUAUUUUCUCGUAUAAUUCACAUUUAACUUUAUAAAACCGAGUUAUUUU